AUGUCAGAGAAAAGACAAAAGUUGAGUGGUCAUGCCUACCGCAAAAAUGCAAAGGAGAAAGCUGAGCGUAUCAAAGAAGAGCUCAAGCACAUGCCAAAGAUACAACGUUUUUUCUCUAACAGAGGCACUGCUGGAGGUUCUGUACCUGUGGAGACUGAACAGGUGGCAGAAGGGCAGCAAUACAUACAAGACAAUACCACUGAGCCUGUUGCAACUUCUGCAAUAAUUAAUGCUAAUGAAGAAGCCAAUAUUGAUUUGGAAUUUUCUUCUGAUCCUGUGGAUUGGGAUAGGGAUAGUGAAAAGCUGAAGGACUAUUUAGCUAUAAAUGGCAUCACUCAGAAUAAAAAUGCUGACUUUUCCUUAUCGGCUCGCAAAUAUUCUGAUCGGACCCGGUCAUUCUCCAAUUUCUUUUUUAAACGUAAACUGCUGAAUGGAGAACUGCGUGAGAGAACCUGGCUGGUAUACUCUGAAAAAGCAAAAGCAGUUUUUUGUGCCCCUUGUCUUCUUUUGGGUAGUUCAUCUGCUAAAUGUCAGUUGGCUCAAGAAGGAUUUAGUGAUUGGAAGAAUGCUUCUGUUCGCCUAAGAGAACACGAAGACUCUGAGCAACAUAAAACAUGUUUUAUGAGUAUAAACAACAGGAACACUGCAAGUGGCAAAAUGGAUAACAUGCUGGUUUUGCAACAAAACAAUGAAAGCGAGUACUGGAGAAAUGUCCUCAGGCGUGUUGUUGCGGUUGUGAAGGCUUUAUCUUCUCGUGGAUUGGCAUUUAGAGGCACAGAUGAAAGUUUUGGCUCUCAAACAAAUGGUAACUAUCUAAUGUUACUUGAACUCAUUGCUGAGUUUGAUCCCUUCAUGAAAGAGCACAUUAAGCGCUAUGGCAAUGCUGGCUCUGGCACAGCAUCCUAUCUGUCCAAAACUGUUUGCUAUGAAUUCAUUGAAAUAUUGUCAGUCAGACUGUUAAAUGCAAUAAUUGUCGAGGUGAAGGAUGCUAAAUAUUACUCGAUAAGUGUGGAUUCAACCCCAGAUGUUUCUCACGUGGAUCAGCUAGCCUUCAUUAUACGAUAUGUGAAUGACGAGGGUGUGCCAGUGGAACGAUUUAUAAAGUUCAUACCACAUAUUGGCCACAAAGCUCAAAGUUUAUUUCAAGCUGUAAGUGAUACAUUAGAAUUUCACCAACUUGACCUUCAGAAUUGUAGAGGUCAGUCAUACGAUAAUGCUAGUAAUAUGGCCGGCCCAUAUUCUGGACUUCAGGCUCGUUUUAAAGAACAAAAUCCACUAGCUAUAUAUAUACCAUGCUCUGCACAUUCCCUGAACCUUGUAGGAACAUGUGCUGCAGAAAGCUGCGUAGAAGCAGUAUCAUUCUUUGGAGUCAUCCAACAGCUGUAUAAUUUUUUUUCUUUUUCUGCCUCUACAAGUAGGUGGGAAGUCUUAACUUCUCAUUUAAAUGCCAAGUCCACGGUUAAAAAUCUGUCCGUCACAAGAUGGUCAGCACGCAGUGAUGCAUGUCGUACUCUGAGGAAAUCAUGGACAGAAAUUAUUGAAGCCCUGGAAGCAAUAGAGGAUGAUGACUCUCAAAGGCCAGUGACAAGAAGUGAGGCUGCAGCACUUCUAAAAAGUCUGAAUUGUCUGGAGACCGCCUUCAUGACAGUAUUUUGGAACAGCAUUUUGGAACCUUUUAAUGCAACAAACAAACACUUGCAGAGUGCAGAUGUAGACAUUUCAGCAGUUGUGAAGCUCUAUGGGGCACUUCUCCACCUCAUGCAAAGCUAUAGAAAUGAGUUUGAAAGGUUUGAAUCAGAAGCCAAAGAACUCUCUGGCCUUGACCAUUUCAAAACCGCCUGCGCUAGAGCUAGAAAUUUUUUUUUUCCAUUUGAUGUAAGUCAAGAAGGAGACGUACAGUUAAAUGCUACAGACCAUUUCAGGGUAAACACGUUCUUUGCAAUUCUUGACAAAUUAAACAAUGAGCUGCAAAGGAGAUCUGAGGCUUAUGAAGAAGUCUACAACAAGUUUAAUUUUCUUGAAAAGCUUACUACACUAGAAACCAGCGAUAUACAAUCUCAGGCUUCUAACCUACGUAACAGCUAUCCUGAUGAUUUGGAACCGUCAUUUCCUAAUGAAUGUCUGUACCAUUGUUCUUACUUGAAAAAUAUUCAUAAAGGUGAGGCUUCAAUUUCAGAGCUCUACAAAACAUUCAAAUCAGAAAAAUUGCACAUAGUUAACCCUAACAUUGAUAUAGCAAUGCACAUUUAUCUUUGCACUCUGGUUACUAACUGUUCAGCAGAACGAUCUUUUUCAUGUCUCAAACGAGUAAAGAACUAUUUGCGAUCAUCUUUGGGUCAAGAAAGACUGAACAGUUUAGCUGUACUUGCCAUCGAGUCAGAGCUUUUAAAUACUUUUUCCUACGAAGAUGUUAUAGAUGAAUUUGCCAAAAGAAAAGUUAGAGCUAAAAAAAUGUAG